CCCACGCUGGCGGUGGAGGCGUUGGGGGAGAAUGCUACUCAACUUCUCCACGCCUCUGGCGCCGUCCUCGGCAACCGUGCCUAUAUCCCAGCCUGCAAAUCGGGAACGAGCUUCGAGCGCCGGUUUGAAAGCCAAAACAACCGUCCUCCUCUAUUUCGCCGAGAUCGAACAGGGACAAGCAAUCAUUGGCGAGAAAGUCACCUUGCAGCAUACUCCAUCUUGGUGCCGUGUUGAUACUCGGAGUAUGACUGACGCGUGCGAGGCUCGGGCGCGUGAAUGGACAGUUCCUUGAUGGAUAAAUUGGUAGGAAUGUCUCCACUCGGAAAAGGUCAAAGGAUGCCGACCUGGGUGAUAGUGAGCCGCAUGAACCACACCGUGACACAGGAGCUCACAAGGGCCAAUAAGUGGAUUCAACGGAAAUGACAGGACCGAGGUUACCAGGCAGGCGACACCCAAUGCUCUCAUAUCAUAUCAGACCCUCACGCAGCCACAACGUGAUUCCGUUCAUCUUGCCAAACAGUGGAGCUGCAACUUAGUUAUUCCCGGUUAUAUGUGAGAAGGAGCAUGAAGGGACGGCUCUUUGUUGCGACAUGGGAUGACUGUAUGCCAUUGUCAGCCACCUUUUGCAUGGUCUACUCAAGGGACAUGUAGCAAAUCAAUACCAGCAGCUCAGGCAGCAACAGUGUACUAGUG